UUCCAAAUAACGCAACCCGCGUGACUCUUUCAUGUCCUUCUCGCGAUAUCAGGCGUAACGAGACUUCCGGUCGUUCUUUUCCACCGGAUCGUCGGGCAAGAUGGCGGAUACCGAGAUCAAGAAGAAGCGCACCUUCAGGAAGUUUACCUACAGAGGUGUGGACCUGGACCAGCUUCUGGACAUGUCCUACGAGCAGCUGAUGCAGCUCUACUGUGCCCGCCAGAGGAGGAGGCUGAACCGGGGUCUGCGCCGCAAGCACCAGUCCCUCCUCAAACGCCUGCGCAAAGCAAAGAAGGAGGCUCCUCCUAUGGAGAAACCAGAGGUGGUGAAGACUCACCUGAGAGACAUGGUCAUUCUGCCUGAGAUGGUCGGCUCCAUGGUCGGCGUGUACAACGGCAAGACUUUCAACCAGGUGGAAAUCAAGCCUGAGAUGUGUGGUCACUACCUGGGGGAGUUCUCUAUCACCUACAAACCAGUCAAACACGGACGUCCUGGUAUCGGAGCCACACACUCUUCCCGUUUCAUCCCUCUGAAGUAGACGCUUGUACUCUUGGAAUAAAAACUGGGCUUUUCCUUCA